AUGACACAAAGCAACCAGACCUGCUCCAGUCACAAUAUCACGUUCAAAAACAGCCUGUACGCGACCACGUACACCCUCAUCUUCAUCCCCGGCCUCCUGGCCAACAGCGCUGCCCUCUGGGUCCUGUGCCGCUUCAUCAGCAAGAACAACAAAGCUGUCAUCUUCAUGAUCAACCUGGCCGUGGCCGACCUGGCUCACGUCCUCUCGCUGCCACUGCGAAUAUACUAUUAUAUUAACUCCACGUGGCCUUUUGGGAGAUUCCUUUGCUUACUAUGCUUCUACCUGAAGUACCUCAACAUGUACGCCAGCAUUUGCUUCCUCACCUGCAUCAGCAUCCAGAGGUAUUUCUUCCUGUACCAGCCGUUCAAAGCCAAGGACUGGAAGCGGCGCUACGACGUAGCCAUCAGCAUCGUGAUGUGGCUUGUAGUCGGGAUAGCGUGCUUGCCGUUCCCCAUCAUGCGCAGCUACGGCCUGACCAACACCACGAAUACCUGCUUUGCAGACCUUCAAGUCCGGCAGAUCGACAGCAAGGUGGCCACCGUGCUGAUGACAGGCACGGCGGAGCUCUUUGGGUUCAUUGGCCCGCUCGUCAUUAUUUUAUUCUGCACUUGGAAAACAAAAGACUCUCUUCGUGGCUUCCAGAUACCACUGCAAAACAGCUGCGAGAGGCGGAAGGCUUUAAGGAUGGUUUCCAUGUGUGCCGUUGUGUUCUGCGUGUGUUUUGCACCGUAUCACAUCAACUUCUUUUUCUACAUGCUGGUGAAAGAAAAUGUCAUUACAGACUGCUUCCUGAGCGCCAUCACGCUCUACACCCAACCCUUUUGCUUGAGUCUGGCGAGUCUGGACUGCUGCUUGGAUCCGAUCCUGUAUUUCUUUAUGACUUCAGAGUUUCAGGACCAGAUAUCAAGGCACAGCAGCAUGGUCAUCAGGAGUCGGCUCAUGAGCAAAGAGAGUGCCUCAUCAAUUAAGGAAUGACAAGAAAGCCAGCUUAGAAGAAUGAAGAUAUUUCAUACGAAAUCUGUGACUGUUCUGUGA